GUUGUUGCAAUGGUGGACAAAUGUAUUGAGUUGGCGUUCAAUAAAGAUAAACCUGAAAUUUAUUUUGUAGAAAUCUGGUUAACCAAUGUUUAAAAAACGCCAAUAUUUGGGUGAUGUAUUAUCUGCGUAGGUGUGACACAUCGUAUGUUUCCCACUUAUAGGAAUUUGUGGUUGCAUGGGAAAGAGGACAUGCCCGCCAGCAUCCAUUUAUUGUGUUUUAUUGCUAUAGCGUAUAAUAAAGGACGAUCGUGUUGUGUUUUCAUAAAUUGCGGAAACAUAUCGAAAUUGUUAUGUUAAUUAUAUGGGAGAAGCAUCGUAGACUUUAGGUUUAAAAGUUGUAGUUUACAAAGCAAUUCUCACAAUGUUGCAAAGUGUGCAGUUUAGUCAACCUCCUCCCCCUAUGCCGAAUCUCUCCAUACCACCUCCUAACUUUCCACCGCCCCAGCAACCCCCGCCGCAGCAGCAACAGCUUCGUUAUGGAACCGAUCCAAGAGGAGUACACAGGGGACAUUUUUUCCAGCCUUUCCGUCCGUACACCAGACCAGGCCCUGUAGGUGCGGAUAGUGAGUUUGAUGGCAAACGAUUGCGCAAAUCGGUUAUGAGAAAGACAGUUGACUACAACUCAGCAAUAAUUAAAAUGUUGGAGUCUCGGGUGUGGCAACGUGAUUUCCGAGACAGACGGUCGCUGCAGCCGGAUGUGCUGUACUACCCAGACCUCCAGCCACCCCCAGCGUAUGCAGAUAAUCCCAUUAACUCGGUGACCACACGUUUUGUCAAGACUGCUACCAAUAAAAUGAGGUGUCCCAUAUUCUGCAUGGCGUGGACACCGGAGGGGCGCAGACUGGUCACAGGAGCGUCCAGUGGAGAGUUCACAUUGUGGAAUGGACUCACGUUCAACUUUGAGACAAUAUUGCAGGCUCACGACAGCCCAGUGCGGACGAUGGUGUGGUCGCACAAUGACGUGUGGAUGGUGACUGGGGACCACGCAGGCUACGUCAAGUACUGGCAGAGCAACAUGAACAAUGUGAAAAUGUUCCAGGCGCACAAGGAAGCGAUUCGUGGCCUCAGCUUCAGUCCGACGGACCACAAGUUUGUGACUUGCUCUGACGAUGGCACCCUCAGGAUAUGGGAUUUCAUGCGCUGCCACGAAGAGAGGAUACUCCGAGGGCAUGGAGCUGAUGUGAAGUGUGUUCACUGGCAUCCCCAGAAAGGUCUCAUCAUAUCGGGCAGUAAAGAUAACCAGCAGCCAGUCAAAUUGUGGGAUCCCAAAACAGGACAGUCUCUGGCAACACUGCACGCUCACAAGAGCACUGUGAUGGACAUCAAGUGGAAUGCCAAUGGCAACUGGUUAGUGACUGCAUCGCGAGAUCACUUGCUGAAGCUAUUCGACCUGCGGAACUUGUCAACGGAGGUGCAGACCUUCCGCGGGCACAAAAAGGAGGCGUCGUCUGUGGCCUGGCAUCCAUACCACGAGGGCCUCUUCUGCAGUGGGGGCAGUGACGGAGCUAUCCUCUUCUGGCACGUUGGGGCAGACAAGGAGGUGGGCGGAAUCGAGCAGGCACACGACAGCAUCGUCUGGACACUGGCGUGGCAUCCCCUCGGGCACAUUCUCUGCUCGGGCUCGAACGACCACACCAGCAAAUUCUGGACCCGUAACCGUCCGGGAGACCAGAUGCGAGACAAGUACAACCUCAACACACUGCCAGCCGGGCUGACAGGUGUCGAUGACCAGGAUGUCGAUGAGCCAGCAGUGAUUCCCGGCAUGGGUCCAGAGGACAAGGUGGAGACGACCGAUGGGACAACGCCAGCUCCUGCGGCCGCGUCUCAGAUCCCCGGCCUCGACUUUGAGGGUGUCGAGGACAGGCAUCGGCAGCUGCACAAAAAGGUUCCAUACUCAAAGCCAAUUCCACGCAACUUCCAAGCACAGUGGAAUGAGACUAAACUCAAUCAUGAAGAUGGGAUGGCAGACGAAGACAGUGACGGCGAAGAGGGCUGGCGAAACAGGCGGGGAGGAUCCGCCAAGGACCCCAUCAGCGAGGUCAUCUCGCAGAUCAUGGAGACGAACCCUCCACCCGGGGUGGUGCCCCUGUCCCAGCUGCAGCCGCAGGCUAUCCUCAUCUACGGCAAACUCAUUCCCGUCGAAGGUAACCCCGUGCUGUUGGAAGCGAUCCAGCAAGGUGGCGAAGCCCUCCGCAGGCUGAUCGACUCCGGCGAGAUCGAGGAGCUGCAGGACGUGAUGCCGCACAACGACGAUUCCCCCGCACUGGGCGGCAAUGCACGCGGGUCCAACACUGUGUCUGCGGCAGUCGUGACGCCCCGCGCGCACCCGCGGAAGCCCGAGUACAGGGAGCCCGUCGCAGACCGGUCGGUUAACGAUUCCGACCGAGACGAGACCAGCAAUGACUCCUAUCGUAUGGACACCGACCCUCACAACAAUACGAGGCACCACGAUCAGCUACCGAUGCCGGGCACGCGGCAGCGGCGGACUCGCUUUAGCGACCUGCCGGCGCCAGACCUGAGCAACGACGACAGCCAGCAGCAGAUGCAGCGGCCUCAGGACCACGAGAUCGAGGAGUUGCCACACCAGGACAAGGACAUGCGGCAGACGCCACUUUCGCACCCACACCAGCACCAGAUUCCUUACUCCACUUCGGCACCAAUGCAGAAUAUGUCCGAUCAGGACAUGCGGUUCCCAGCCGGUCCCCCCACCCUGCUGCCCACGCCGGGCAGCGGUCGGGAUGUCGACCUGCGCAGCACAGACCUGUACAGCGACUUGCCGCCUCCGCUGAUGAGUUCGCCGAUGUCCGGCAUGUUGUCAACAACAGGAGAUAGUGAUCUGCGCCGCAUGCCACUGCUGCCGAGUGCAGGGCUGCCGCCGGUUCGCGGGAUGGACGAGGACUUGCGAGUCCCGCCCCACGCCGACAGAUAUCGAGAUGUCGGCCCAGUGGAGGAUCACGACAUGAGGCAGCAGUGGGCACCCAGUGGGGGUGGGGGACCUGCACCUGUCCCUGGAGGCCCACGGAAGAGGCGCUGGGGAGCGGACAAUGGCUCGGACGAUGGACGACCGUCUACUCCACAGCCGUACCUGCAGCGUAGCAGUAGCGGAUCGGUGCGGACCUACGACCGCGACCAGCGAGGGAGGAGCCCCAUUCUGCCCGACUACGAGCCUUACGGCCGUGCGGAAUAUCGGCGUGGUGGGAUAGGCUCCGGCAAGCUACCACCACCCAGGUACAGGGACGAGGGCUACGACGGCUAUCCGGGGUCCCCCUCCGAAGGCGGCGAGGACGUCGGCCCGGAAGGAGACGCUGGUCACGACUGGCCACCCCCCACUGGCGGACCCAGGGUGGCAGGAGGUGGCCUCCUCCCACAUCCGUACCCACGCCCGAGGGACAGCACCAGCAGCGGGGCCGACCUCGGAUCCGGUGGCUACCGGGGCCGCUCUCCUAACAGCUACCGUGGUGACACGAGAGGGGGUGGGCGGGGUGGUGGCCGCGGAGGUCGGUAUUCGUCCAGGGGGCGGGGGUCGAUGAGGGGUGGAGCCGGGAAGAGAGGAGGUGGAGGCUUCUGACAGAGUCCGCAGCCGGAGCCGGACAGUGAGGACUGAACGUGGAUCGGAGUCCCGUCAGCUGCGGCUCUGUCGGACGGCCACCCCUGACGGUAUCAGUUAUUUGUCGGUGACUUGUUUGCAAAGAUAGGGUUGGCCAUUUGUCCCUACACGAGGUUUGUCACUGCAAUAUAGGGAAUUGUAAAACUAUUCAAAUUAUUACGGAUGCACGGAAGAAUAUUACGUUUAGUGUUCUCGAGUGAUGUGUAUACGCUACAAGACUGUCUGUGGUGUGACCUCCUCUGCUCCUAUGGGAAAUUAUUUCCUGAAUUGAAAAAGAAGAAGAAAAAACCACUUAAAUUCUGACAGUCGUGCUUAUUUGAUGCUUUGGGAAUGGACCCUUCUGCACUGUUCCAUGCCCACACACUGAGAAUGUGAUUUGGCCAGCCAUUCACUGCCAGUCUAGCCUCCUUAUGUAGUGUAGGGUAGUGUAAUAAGAUGUGCCUUGACUAGAUGAAGAAAUUUUCAACACUUGAACGCUUGCCUUAGGGCUAACUACAGAAUCCUAAGUAUAUAAAUCUUCACCAGAUGCUAACUGAUCUUAAAGCUCCUCCUAAAUGGCCCACAUUUACCUAUGGAAGCAAAGCAUGUAUCUUUAUGUUUAAGUCUGAAAGUGAGAAGUUAUUUUUUUCCACUGUGCAUUGUACAAGCUUUCAUUUUGCAGUGUUGCACCUCAGUUGACCAUUUAGUUCUUUUAUUAUUACUGUUACCUUUCCUUAUUUUUUGGUGAUUUGGUGAGAUCUUAUCAUGAGAGGAGUACAGAAACUUACAUUUAUAUAAUGAUUUAUUUUUGCAAAAUAUUCCACACUUUUUUUGCCAAGUAAGCAAGAAGAGCACAGAAACAAGAUAAGUUCAUAUAGUUCCUGUAACCCAAAGGGAAGCCAUUAUUGUAAGCAUUAAGUACCUCAAAUGAGGAAGAUGACUGAACAUGAAAACAAAGAUUAAGAAACUUUAGAUUGGAAAGUUAGGAAGUGGGGCGAGAGAGCAAAUGGAAAUUGGACUAAUUUUCUGAAGACUUUCACACAUGAAAUUUCACAAUCAGUUAACAGAGUUGUUGUAUAAAUGAUUCAUCUCCUCUUUACCUGGGUGGAAAAAACAAUAUUUGUAUUGGCAUCACCAGGGGGAGGGGAGGUGCCAACUUCAACGUAUUAUUGAAAUUUAGAUUGCGUUGAACUUUUAAAAUAAAAUGAGUUCUCAUUUUCAGUUACCGAUGACAGCACUAAUCAGAAAGUAUUUUAGCCAUCUUGAAGCACAGUUGUGAGCUGUUAGCGUAAUUUGAAAAUACAUUUUUUAUUUCUCUGGAUUCAACCUAAAAGGCAAUGGUCCUAAGAAAAUGUGCGGCUGUCUUGCAUUUGUGUGUGAAUCAGGGUGUCGGGAGUGACACAAACAUGUGCUUCUGCAGUUAUUCAUUUUUGUCUUGGUCGUAGUGCUCCUGUUUAUACAGUACCCCAAAGCGAGAAAUCACCAUCGUUUCUCAAAAGUAUGGCCAAUUUGCAUAGGAAUUUGUAUCUAAUUCUCUUGGGAACAUAAAAGAAUACCAGCAGUGUUCAUUAAUUGGGGUGUACAGAACUUCGCUGUAUAAGGUUGUGUUGGAAAGAAACAUGCAUUGAUCUGAAGCAGGGAUGCUGUAAAUUAGUGAUUAUUUUUCAUGCCAAUAAUUUUUAGGCAUUAAUGUAUAUUUAACAGUAUAGAGCAAGGACAUAUCAUUUUUCGCCUUUCAGGAACUUGUGGCCUUUGUGGAGGUUUUUGGGAUACAAUGUGCUUCCUUUAGAACUGCGUAGCUCAGUAUGGGUUUCUCUGCUAGUUGACUGUCUGUCAUUUCAUUCAUUUUUUGUUGCAGGCUUUGACAAUGCACAGGAUGUGGCUCUGUGUCAAGGGAAAGAGGAAACACAUGGAGCAGAAUGAUAAAUGGGCACAAAUAAGAGUAAAACUGGGGACACUAAAUGUGAAUUUGUGUGUGUUAUGUCUGACUUGUUGGCUGUCUGAUGUAGCUGACACUCAAGAUCGGAUCCCACUGUGUAGCAGUUUUUAGUUUUCUUUCUACUUGCACAGAUUCCGUGGAAAUAUUCUUUUCAGGAGCGAGUAGUUUACCUACAUUAUCAUUUUAAUUUUCCUUUCAAGAUGGUAUUUGAAGCCAUUUUCAAAUAUUUUUAUUAUUAUAAUUUUUAUACAACAUGAAUAGUGAUUUUUUCCCCCUUCGUUGUUACUUGGAUGAGAGGGUGAAUGGAGAACAAGGUGGUGGAAGGUUUGAAGUGAAGUUGUGUACUUAAAGAAAAUGGGAAGAGUAUGAGAGUGGAUAUGGGUCUAUGUAAUUUGUACAAGUAGCCUGCAGUGUUACAGAAACUGAUAUUUGUUACCCUGUUUAUGUUACUUCCACUGCCGGAGGAUUUAUGUCGUAAUUUCGAAGCAGGAAGCACUGGUGUUUUAUCUUUUCAUGUGUCUUGUAGAAUCCAUCACAAAGACAAUCAGUGGUGCACCAGAUGUAGAUUAGUGUGCUUCGAGAAUAUUUUCUGUCACGGUCAUCUUGCAUUACUACUAAAACAUUUUAUAUUAACUGAGACCUAAUGGAGCAGAGGGGUGGCAUCAGCUUGUGUUUUGAUACCAAGUAAAGAAACGUAUUGAAAAGUGUCUUCCUUUAGUUCAGAGUUUCCAUUGUGACAAUGUUUCUGGCGCACGCAUGGAUGAGCCUGUGUGUGUGUGUGUGUGUGUGUGUGUGUGUGUGUUUUGUGGGUUGAGUGGGGGGACAGCAUCGCUUUUGAUCAUAUAAAUGGGAGUGUUCCUUUAGAAACGUGUGUUGAUCAGGUCGUGUUGAUAUCUGUGAUCAAUACAAUGCAUUACGAGCAAUCAGAGAUUAAUGAACGUAACAACGAAAAUUUUGUGAUAAAGUUGGCCUUAAUCCAAAUUAUAGGAAGGGGGUACUGGAGUUGAUAAUGAGGUAUUGAGGUAGGAUACGUCUCACUUGUUCUGAGAAAUGUCUCUUACAAAACAUCGGAUAAGGUACACAGUUGCUGUAUUGUUUCCCUUACUGCUUUUGCUGUUCUAAAAGCUUACCUUUCUGCAGCUCACUGUUUAAUUUCUGUGAAAUAAAUUGCAAAAUGUGGGACUCCGACUGCACUUUGCCUGUGAAACUACAUUCCGCUAUAGCAACUAACAUGGGAACAUAAUCGGCAGCUUCCUGCUGAAAUGAAUAACACUACAGUAAUUGUUUUCGACGUAUGAAAUCUAAGUUCUGAAUUGUGGAAAUAUGAUACUAUCUGCAGCAGUGAGAGAUCUACAGGGGAUAUAUACUGCCUUCGGGAAACUUUCAACAUUAUAUAGACAUCUGGAAACAUUGCCUGUCCUGACCCAAAUCUGUUGAUGUGAAUUAGUAAAAAUAUUUUUGAGAAAUAACUUUCCCUAUGGAGUAUACAAGUUUGACAUGGAAAAAGAUAGUCAAUUGUGCACUGCCAGAACUGUUAUUUUCAGUUUCUGCUGUGCUUUCUGUAGACUUGCAUCAUAGUAGUGCUUAGCCAUAAACAUUAUUAAUACAGGUUAACUUGUGUCCACCAGCAUUCUGUGUACUUAAGAGAAUUAUGUAUUAUGAUUUUUUGUCUAGUUUCUGUUUCAUACCGAUUUCCAUUGUGAUUCAAAGAAAACUUACUGGUCUUGCGCUGUGAAUAAGACUGACUGGGUUCUUCACCCAAUGCAUCCUUUUGCAAUUUUUUUCCAAUCUUUUUUGUGGAAUCUUUUAAUCAGUGUCAUAUCAGUGAAGCUAUCAUUCAUGAUAGGCAUAAUUGGCAGAGAAUUGUAUUAAUUUCUUUUUUUUAAGGAAUGGUUGCAAUUUUCUAUAGUGGCCCAAUAAUUUCCUCUGCUGAAUUAUUUUCCUGUUACCAAAAUCCUGUAUAAAAUGUUGGUAAAUUGUUAUGUAUUGUAUUUAUGUUAUGAACAGAAUUUCCAUGUAUUUUUAAAAGUAUAAUCAGUUCUGUGUGUUCCUUCCUGUCCAUCUAAAUGGCCAGGGACUGAACAUUCACAUUACUUUUGCAUGUCAAGCUGAAAGAAUUGUUAUUUUUGUAUUUUAUUCAUGUAAUAGCUAAAUGUAAAUGUGAGCGA